AUUCGAACUUAAAACUAAGACCGUCCACAUAAGACCUUUCUUAGUCUAAACAAAAAAAUAUGUUGGGUGUUUCAUCAGUGUUUAUUGUCAUACAAAAUAUUUAUUAUGUGGUAUUGGCACUUUCAUUCUGGUUUUCUGGUGCUUGCAGUGUGAUAUUUAUAGAAAAUAAAGUAAUAGAAAUAAAUCUGGGUGAUAACAUGGUGAAUGAUUCGUAUUUUGGAUACUCGCUGCUGUUACAGAAAGGAUCUCAUCCUAUUGUUAUAGUUGGAUCACCCAAGCAAGAUUCAAAAAAUGGUGGUGCACUAUAUUCUUGUGAAAUCUCGAAAUAUCACAAUGGAAACUGUUCCAAAUAUUAUAUGGAGACCAGUAACAUAGGUGAUUUCAAUGGUAACUUUUUGGGAUCUGCUUUAGAUGGAGAUGCAAAUACAGGAGAAUCGUUCAUUGCGUGUGCACCUAAAAAAGUGUUCAUUGUCGGCACGUUCGAAAAUAAGAACUAUUACCUGAAAGGAUUCUGUUUUCUUCAUAAAAAUUCCUCCAGACUUGAUGCCGAUAUUGAAUUCUAUCCGUUGGACCAAGAUCGAGUGGUUGCUGUUGGUAACGCCCAAGGACAGUAUUAUUAUGAUAAUGCUUUUGGCCAAGCUGGAUUGGACAUCGAGUAUAUCCCAGGAACUGGUAGAGUUUUGAUGGGAGCACCCGGUAUCAAGAACUGGAAUGGCGCUAUGGUAUCUCAGUCGCUUUCGAGUUUCGGAGAUUUCAAAAUAAUACCCCACAGACUUUUUCCUUCUGCCAAAGCAAAUUUCGACUAUUUAGGUUAUGCAGUCACGAUUGCAAAAAUGGGUAACACUAGGUAUGAGGUUGCUGGGGCACCUAGGGCUGAAAAUCUCCUGGGAGUGGUGAAAAUGUUCAAUGGUUUCCAAUUAUUCCAACAAUUCAAUGGCGAUGAAACAGGUGGAUAUUUCGGAUCGUCCCUUUUGUGUUCUGACGUCACCAAUGAUGGUAUCGAUGAUUUAUUCGUAGGGGUGCCCAUGGGCGCAGGCUCAACUUUCGAUGAGGGUUACGUUUACUUCUACAAAAACGCUUUGCUAACAAAGGUAAAACUGUUCGGUUCUAGGAAACCAGGUGCUAGGUUCGGUACCAGCAUUUCUGCUUUGGGAGAUAUUGAUCUCGAUAAUUACAAUGAUAUUGCUAUAUCUGCCCCGUUUGAGGAUGACGGCACCGGGGCUGUGUAUAUCUACAUGGGAGAAAAGCAAGGCAUCAAGACAACUUACAGUCAGAGAUUAUCUCCGCUCAACUUCUAUGGAAACUAUCAUAGUGUGAAAGGCUUCGGCUUGGGAUUAUCUAAAGGCAAUGAUAUAGAUGGAAAUGGACAUAAUGAUAUUGCUGUGGGUGCCUACAUAAGCGGUCAAGUUUUUGUUUUGAAUAGUAAGAGUGUGAUCACUUUCGCGAUGAGUUUGAGACCAAACGUUUCUUCGAUAACUGACAAGUCAAUGUCGGUGAGAUACUGUAUCAGCUACCAACAGAGAAGCAAAACCAAUAAUUUGAAAUCGGUUAUUUUUCAAUUGGCUCUCCAACUAGACUACAGAGCUGUUGGAGUCAGAGAUUAUAAAGAGAAUAUCACUGUUUUUCUUGAGAAUGAAAUGUGUAAAUCACUGGAUGUGUUUAUACAGCCAAAUGUGGUGGAUAUUUUACCGUUCAGGAUAACUUUGUCUAGUGACGUCUUGGGUGAUAUCAUGGCUACAGGGGAAAAUCAUAUUGAGAAGGAAAUUCCGUAUUCUCACGGAUGUGGUGUCGACGAUAUUUGCCAGACAAAGUUAGCGAUGGAUUUGAUUGCAAAAACACCAAAUAUCGUUCUUGGUUUGAACAGAGAAAUAGUAGUGGAGGUAACUGCAAAAAAUACUGGAGAACCAGGUUACCAGUGUAACUUGGUGAUGAGCAUACCCGAAAAUUUGAAACUGACGAGAAGGGAUUGCAAAUCAGAGAAUUACACUUUCUCGUGUCCGUUUUCUAGAAACCUAGCAAUCGAAGAUACACAGGCUAAAUUAGUCUUUGAUGUGUCAUCUGUGAAACCGACUGUAGAUGAAAUUGAAGUGGAUUUUGAUUUGAAGUGUUUGGGUGAAAAUUUGACGCCAACUAAACAAACACUCAGUAUAGGAGUUAUCGUUCAAAAUUCACCAUAUAUUGAAGGGAAACCUGAUCCGGAAAAUAUUUACUAUGACGAUGAAAGUGUAGAAGAUGCUCAUGAAUUUUCCCACAUCUUCACUGUAGGUAAUUCAGGUCCGUCACCUGUCAAAUUGAGAGUUUAUCUAUUACUACCCAUGGCCCAGUUUGAAGGGAAAGAUGUUUUCGAAUUUAUUGAAGCACAGGUAGACCGACAUGGCUCUCGAGUCCAGUGUUAUCCCUCGAACGAAACGAGAAUCUACGAAAAAAAAUACGACGUCCAAUCAGUUCUCACCGAACCACUCAACAACACCAUAGUUGUGGAUUGCUUCGAAGAAGGCUCCAAAUGUCUGGAAAUCCUAUGCCAGGGAGAAUAUCUGGAGAAAUCUUCGGAAGUCGCCAAAUACACUGUCAAAAUCAAAACCAAAACUAGCCUACUCGCUGCGCAUUUCAUGAAUGAACUGCAGAAAAAAAGCCUCGUAGCAUACGUAGCUUCUGCUUUUCUCUUCAAUUCAACAUCAAGGAUAGAGGGUCAUUCGGCUACCUUGAUAUUUUCAUCUCAUAGAAAGUCUGUACCGAUAUGGGUAUGGAUAAUAGCUGCAGUUCUUGGUGUCUCACUUCUGGCUGCGUUGAUUUUCUUAUUGAAUAAGUGUCACUUUUUCGAACGAAGCUACAGAGAUAAACUCAAUGGAGAGCGUCUCAUGGAUCACCAAACUGCCGAAAUGGAAAGCACAGAACAUGACACAGAAGAUUUACAGAACGAUGAAAUGAACUGAAGAUUAUAGUGAGCUCACAAAAAUCAAGAAUAAAAUCAUAACUAUUUUAUGUAC